AUGAUUCUUGUGCAGUACGUGUGCUACUACGUCAACCGCCAAGUGCCCACCACGCCAGACGGCCUGGCGUAUAUUCGGGACGGGUCAAACAUGCAGUACUCCAACAACGCCGCGUUCUUGUCCAUAGUCUACAGCGACUAUCUCUCCGCGGCGGGGCAAAGCCUGACGUGUAACAACAACGGCGGAGGAACGGUGACGUACUCUCCCGCUCAGAUCGUUACCUGGGCGCGCACUCAGAUUGACUACGUGCUCGGCGGUAACGCGGCCGGUCGGAGCUACAUGGUGGGCUUUGGCAGCAACUACCCGACGCGUGUGCACCACCGGGGGGCGUCGGUUCCUUCUCCCCCCCCUAACUACUCCUGUGGAGAAGGCUUCCAGUUCUAUCAUACGAACAACUCUGACCCCCACGUCAUCACCGGGGCAAUCGUGGGCGGCCCCUUCCAAGACGGAAGCUACGCCAACAUCCGCGACGCCCGUGAUGGGAUUGAGGGUUACAAGCAAUCGGAGCCGACCACGUAUAUAAACGCGGGCUACAUGGGCGCGCUCGCGCGCCUUAUCCGCGGGACCUCGGGGGUAGAGCCCGGGUGCACAGCUGUCACUGUGGGGGAUCCCUCUCCGACUACCCCAGAACCGACCACCCCUUCCCCGACCACUCCCGCCCCGACCACUCCUCCCCCGACCACCCCCACCCCGGUUACUCCUAACCCGACUACUCCGAACCCGACCACUUCCGCCCCGGUUACUCCCAACCCAACAAGUCCCGCUCCGAUAACACCUGCCCCGACCACUCCCUCUCCGACAAGUCCUGCCCCGACCGCUUCCGCUCCAGUGACACCUUCCCCAACCACCUCAGCACCAGUCACUCCUACCCCGACCACUUUUGCCCCGACCACUCCUUCUCCGACAAGUCCUGCCCCGACCACUUCCGCUCCAAUAACGCCUUCUCCAACCACUUCAGCCCCAGUCACUCCCGCCCCGACCACUUCUGCCCCGACCACUCCCCCCCCAAUUACUCCGUCACCCACUUUGUCUGCCCCGAUCACUCUUGCUCCGACCGCCCAAACGCCAAUCACACCUUCUCCGACCGCCCAAAUGCCGAUCACUCCUUCUCCGACCGCCCCACCUCCGACUAGUCCUUCUCCGACCAGCGCCGGGCCUUGCCCCGGGCCCACCGUUUACCCGGCGGGGGGUGUCUGCGACUCGGCCUCGGCGACUCCCAACCAGUGCUAUUCCGCCGACGGCUCCUUCUACGUCUGCUGCUUGGGGAACUGCCCCAGCACCCCCGGCACCCGCCCCUUCUGCGCCGACCCCCCCCCCGGAGACUGUUUCCCGACCCUCCCUCCAACUCUUGGGCAAACCCCCCCACCUAAGAUCGAUUCGCCGACUCCCGCGCCAACCGCCCCGACUCCUUUUACCCUUGCGCCAGUCGCACCGAUUCCUGCCCCCGUCUCGGCUACCCCGGGCUGCCCUACGGUGCGAUCGGCGGGUGGAGUUUGCGAUCCGAUGUCACAGAUGCCAAACCAGUGCUACAGCGCCGACGGCAGCAGCUUCAUCUGCUGCCCCGGUUCCUGCUCGAGCGCCCCCAGCGCCGUUCCAACGUGCGCGUCCGUCCUCCCCGGCUGCCCAUAA